CCGGGUGUGACGUGACACCGCGGCCCCUCGGUUGGCCGGACCACAGGUGCUCAGAUCUUUUCGAUCAUCUGCCCAAACGAGAUGCUCGAUGAAUCGGGAAGGGAUCUGGGAGGGUGAGUUACAAAAGCAGGUCGCCGGAUUAACCAUUCACCUGAAUAUUCGCCCUCUCCACACCUCGUCGCUGCCACUAUGGACCAGCACGACGCCAACUUCUGCGCCGUCUGCAGCAAGAUGAUCGAGCCCCGCCGCGCUCUCGUCCCCGUCAAUCCUCUUCCUCCCCCUCCGUCUUCACCUCAACAUCCAGAUCAAGCGCGCCACAAGGGCCGCCGCAAUGGUCUUGUCCACGGAACGGGGCGCGUUCGUCCCAACGGUUCUUUAAAGCAUCCGCCCCAAGAGACCGUGAAAACCCGUGUCGAAAUUGAUCAAUCGCCUGCCCCACUAUUUUGCUCUGAGGCUUGCCGUCAGCAAGACAUGCAGUACUUCCACAGCUCGUCCGCGUGUCGCGGCAGUGCCUCAAGCAGCUCAUCGCACAGUGUCUCCUCCAAUGGCCCUUCAGCACAUGCCUCGCCCCCCAGUCGGGAAUCUCGCCCGAGCACCCCCGAGUCGCGCUCUCUGGCAAUCCUUCAGCGGGAGCUCAACAUCCCCGACCUGCCACCUCGGACAUGGGAUUCGAUGGAUAUCCUCCCACCUCGCUCUCAAGCUCCGAAGAAUACCAACACCGAGUUUCAGCAAGGUGUCAUGAUGGCUGCUCGCCGCAUGGAGUCCGUCUUCCCCAAGGCGCGCAAAGCCGGCGAGCCUGUUAAGCCGAUGGAGGUCAUCCCCGGCUGGAACGACGGCAGCCAAGCGUGGCGCCAGAGCACCUACAACUUUGCCCCGCCGCCGAAGACGAGAGCGGAUGUGUUGGAUCCUAGGAGCAAGGCCUAUGGCACUAUCAUCGCCACACCUCACCGCAACAGCGGCGGUGUCGUUGCGGAAGACCCGCGCAUGUAUGAUAUGGAGCCCAGCUCGCCCACCUGGUCAACAGCCCCUUCGAAUGCCUCAUCCUCUUCAUCCUCAUCCUCAUCCUCUAGUAACUCUGCCCUCUUGUCCUCCUUCGAGGACUCCUUCACGCGUCGCUCAUCAUCACGCAUGUCUGUAUUCUCGACGUCAUCCUCCGGCUCAUCGCCUUUCCCCAUCUCCUCGUCUCUGCCGACUAAGACGCGGCCUUUGUCUAAUUUGUCUGCCGGGGGCAUGCUGCUCGUACCCGAUGUGCUUAUGAAAGCACCUGGGCGUUCAUCGACAUCUUCCUCCCUUUCCUCAUUGUUGGAGCCCUCUACCGGCCGGUCGACUCGUCGCCAUUCAUCAGGAAGCUUUGCCGGCUAUCGCAUGCGGAGUCCGCUAUCUCUGCCCUCAUCUUCCGUGACAGGCUCGUCCAGCGAUGAUGAAGAGCUAGAAGGUGACGAGGACGCGUGGAAGCUCCCGAGACGACCUCAGAUCGAGAGUGCGCCCCCUCUAUCGCUUUGGUGUUUAACAUGCUAACGUUACUGCAGCACGCUCCUGGUCAUAUGACAACCAGCGCACUUACCCAGUGAUGCCCAUGCCUCCUGUCAAGGAGGUGCGGAUCGUCAACGGGGUUCAAGUCGAGGUGGAGGUUCCUCGCCCGCUGAAAAAGCUGUUCACGUUUGCGGAAAUCCCGGUGAACCCUUGAUGCGUCGGCUGUGACCACGAACCGACACGAGCUACUCUAUCCCCGAGCGUCACGACCCAUACCCAGCGCGUCUAGUCCGUUGCAUUCCGCAUUGCAUCUUCACACCAUUACCCGCAUUCUUUCCGCCACAAACACAUCAGCAUCCAUCCGCAUUCGCAUCCAUAUUUUCCGGGUUUCGGGUUCGGUCCGUUCUGUGCAUUGACACAGACUUCAAUCCAUGUAUGUACGACUAGGUACUUUAUUCUUACUUGUUUGGUACUUUACUCGACGGUUUUUGGGGGACUAUUGUACGUACGAUGAACUAGUUUUUCAGGAGAACAAAAUUGUACAUAACACACACUUGUAUCCAAUGUCAUAUCAUAGCCUUGUAACUUGCUUGUAACCGUGGUUUCGUCUAUGGGGCCCGUCGUGCCAUUUAGUCUUUCAUCUCCUUGCGCCCAGCCAUGACGCGCGAGCUGAAUCGAGUGGGAUACAGCAGUGGAUCAUAUGCUUGCAUGCGACGUCAUAGGAGCAGCGACCGGACCGGAUGCACAACGCGCGUAGCAACUGCUGAGCACGAGCUGAGCAUGCGGAUAAACGACGGGGCCCGCCGGUCGAGGAUGAGCCGCUUUGCACUGCAUGCACCUCCUGCUCAGGCGCGCGACCACAUGCUUUCUUAAUCUAAGGGCAAAUUGACUCGGCGCGCCCUUGAAACAAGGGGCGAAAGCACCAAAAAGGAGCGCCGGAUGUUGUGACGGUGGCGGUGCUAUGAGCUCCGAUCCGCCCCGACUCGUUAGCGGCAAAAUGUCGCUGAUGGGUCUGAUGAGGCCCACGGGGAGCCGGGGAAAGGGCUCGUUCCGUGACACCCGCGUGCGGGGUCGGGAUAUCCCGGGAGCGACCAUGUGUUUCCACGUGGUUUUCCUUUUCGGGAGCUGACCUCGUAUCUCCGGGUAUCCGGGAGCGGCCCGCCGGUCUGAGCACGAGCGUGCGUCCUUUGUGAACGGGAUUCGGUAUCUGGAGUCAUCGGCUCAAACAGGAGGAGUCACAUUCUGUGUGUAUGUUGUUGGGAACAGCCGGCUCCACGUGCACGUUUUUUUCUGUUUCCGUUGAGCUGCUGCACUGAGGCGUUAUCGCAAGGUCUGCCAUUUAAGUGUGCCUCACUGCAGAAAGGAUGUGCGCUGUCCGCAUUGGCUCGGCCCAGGGUCAGCCUCGAGGCAUCUGCGUGUCGGCUCGGUUGACUGGGAUCGCAGCCCCAUUCAAGUGCGCGCCACUGGCUCUGCGUUCACAGCCUAUCACCGGAUGCACGGCGAGAAACUAAGAAUGGGAUCCGCCUCCGAGCGCUGCAAGGUCCAUCAGCGUCCGUCCGACAUUUCGCCGCUGAGUCACAGUGGCGGGCGGACACGAAACUAACCCGCGCCCGCGUCUAUUCGCGGGGACCAGUGGGCAGCUGAGAGCUUCGUAGUCUAAUCUGGGCAUCGAUACUUGAUUCCCCGAGCUUAUCAGCCUCGCACGAUGAGAUAUGAUCCCGGGCGAUCGAGGCUUCGUGGGCAUAAACCGAGCUAAAACCGAAAGCGGUGCAGUUGUGGGGAAACUUCGAAAUGUUCGAAGGCGCCCGUGUUUUGACAGUCGAUGUACUGCAGAAGACGACAGAGAUGUUCUUGGUCUUGGGUCGUCGGAGAAAGUAUCCCAUCGGCUGCUUGAAUGUCGGUCUUUUGAUGCCCAUGAUAUGCGGUACUCCAGCCCCAAGCCAGCUCGGAGACAAGCGGAGAUAGCCUGCGCGGCCCACCAUCAGCUAGUGCGCAGCAUUCAUCAUACAGCGGCAGGUUACAUCGUGCGUCUAUGCAGUAGUAGUGCAGUAGCCUCGAUCGCAAUGCGAGACAGCGCAACAAAUGUUCCAGCUGUAACUCAAGCUUGAUUGUGCCGAACUCUGUCCCGAUUCGCACAAUUCAUAUAUCAAGGCCCACUAACUCCGCGAGCGGGGCGCCGUGCCUAGUGGAAGAAUGUAUUCCUGGAUUUCAAAUCGAGUAGGUGCUCAGUCCACUUCGACUUCGACCACACCUUCCCUCACGUGACUUUCUUGGAACGGGAGUUUUUGACGGCUUGGAUUAGCUGUGCAUUUUGCAUGGCUUGCGCAGCGAAUUGUUCU